AUGGUCACCCCGUCCGCGGCAGCCGCCCAGCCCCCCGUCCACCAUGCCUCCCCUACGGCCGGGUACAAGCUCUUCGAUUCGCCGCACCUUGUCGACAUGAUCUUAGACCAAGCGGACAAGCAGACGCUCUCGAGGGUCAUGCGUACCGCUCAGCGCUUCUUCAUUCCCGCGGGGGUCGGUGGGGACAAGCAACCCAGCCUAGUUGGCCUCCGUAGCGUUCUCCGCGCCAAGACAUCGUUGCGCGAGCAAUUUCUCCGGCGCAACUUUGCAAACUACAGGCUGCUCCUGUUGUCCUGCACACAAGUGGUGACGAUCGAAGGGCCGCACAGCGAGUGGUGUGACCUACCAUGGCACGUCAUGCGGCAAUUGUUCCCCAACGUCAAGGUGGUACGCGUCGCGCCGCAGCAGAACCGCGCCCAACGGACAUCGUACACGUCUGGAAGCCACUGGGACGGACUAUGCCGUCUCGUCGUGGACAAGGGCCGUCACCCCCUGAUCUCCAGCCCGCUGGCCAGACAGGCUUUCAGCCGCCCGUUCAGCUCGGCGAGCGACACGUCGACCGCGCCCUGGGACUCACGCUCGCACGAUGAGCCGGAGGCAACCAUCCGCCCGCCUGUCACCCCCGAGUCCGACCACCGCGCCCCAUCGUACCGUCCAGACCACUGCAAGUUCACAUCGCUUCCCAGAGUCCGCAAGGUGGUAUUCCGCAACCUGCUGUCGACAACCCUUCCGUACCCGCCGGGAGUCUCCGCCAAAGUGACGGCCAACGAGAUCGUGCUCGUGUUGCCGACGGAGCCCCAGUUCUUCGUCGAUGCCGAGAGUGACGCCGCGGAUGACCUUCGUCAUCACAUCAAGGCGGGCGACCACAUCAAGGUUGUCAUGGCGCCAACACUGGAGACGAAGAAGUGGUCCACGCCGGUCAUGCACGGCGACGGCCACGAUUUCGACCUAACCGUCAUGCUGGCCCGGAUUGCGACGUUCUCGGCCAAGAAGUCGCUCACGGUGUACGGUCUAGGGAGGAUCCAACUCGCGCCCUGGGGAUCCGACCCUAAGCCGGGCGAGGGGGCCGAGGAGAGCAGCGCCAAGACCGACAUUAGUUAUCUUGAGAACACCAUGGACGACAAGCGGCUCACGGCCGGCGGCAAAGUCGACAUCGGGUACUACUCACUGGAGACAUACGUCAAUGGCACCCAAUACCGACCGCUUGAGGUUGAGGACGUGGACCAGUGGAACUUGGAGUAG